AUGUCGAAUUUGGAAAAUUCAGCUGUUCCAUCAAAAUUUGUGAAUAAUGGUUGUGGGGACCAACGUUUCAACUGUGAAAAUAUGGAUCUCGAGGUCUACUCCUGCCCACAUUGCAACUUUUCCACGGAUUUAAAAGUCGUUUUGAAGAAACAUAUCGGAAUUUGUCAUACUGUCAAACGACUAAACAAACGCCCUGUAUUGAAGUACUUGCUCCCCAGUUAUAAAUGUACGUGUUGUUUUUGGACACAUUCCUUGCUCGUUUUUUUGAAACAUACGUUCCACUGUAACCCCAGCCAUACACAAGGAAAAGAUAAUUUGACAAGUAAGCACACAUAUGAAGAAAAGAUCAAGUGGUUUAGUUGUGACCAGUGCGAGUUUAAAACAAAGCAGAGACACGAUUUGCAAAAACAUUUGCAGUUCAAACAUUUACAUGAAACUCCAUGGAUUCAGUGUGAGCAUUGUGCUUUUGGAACUAAAUAUAAGGCAGCAUUGAAGUCUCACAUAGAAUAUAAACAUACUCGUGAGGAAUUCGUGAACUGGCACAAGUGUGACAGCUGCGAUUUCAAAACCAAGGCCAAAUAUGUUUUGAAGAGACAUAUAAUAAGGCAGCACACAUCUGAAACAAAGAUUAAGUGGUUUAAUUGUGACCAGUGUGAGUUUAAAACAGAGCAGAGACACGAUUUGCAAAAACAUUUGCAGUUCAAACAUUUAGGUGAAAUUCCAUGGUUUCAGUGUGAGCAUUGUGCCUUUGGAACUAAAUAUAAGGCAGCAUUGAAGUCUCACAUAAAAUUUAAACAUACUCGUGACGAAUUCGGGAACUGGCACAAGUGUGACAGCUGCAAUUUCAAAACCAAGGCAAAACGUGUUUUGACGAGACAUAUAAUAAAUCAUCACACAUCUGAAACAGAGAUUAAGUGGUUUAGUUGUGACCACUGUGAGUAUAAAACAAAGCACAGAUCCGAUUUGCAAAAACAUUUGCAGUUCAAACAUUUAGGUAAAGUUCCAUGGUUUCGGUGUGAGCAUUGUGCCUAUCGAACUAAAUAUAAGUCAGGAUUGAAGUCUCACAUAACAUAUAAACAUACUUGUGACGAAUUCGUGAACUGGCACAAGUGUGACAGCUGCGAUUUCAAAACCAAGGCAAAAUGUAUUUUGCAGAGACAUACAAUUAUUCAGCACACAUCUGAAACAGAGAUUAAGUGGUUUAAUUGUGACCACUGUGAGUAUAAAACAAAGCACAGAUACGAUUUGCAAAAACAUCUGCAGUUCAAACAUUUACGUGAAAUUCCAUUGUUUCGGUGUGAGCAUUGUGCCUUUGGAGCUAGAUAUAAGGCAGGAUUGAAGUUUCACAUGGAAUCUAAACAUGCUCCUGAAGAAUUCGUGAACUGGCAGAAGUGUGACAGCUGCUAUUUCAAAACCAAGGAAAAACAUAUUUUGAAAAGACACAUGAUCAGUGAGCACACAUCUGAAGAAAAAAUUGCGUGGUUUACUUGUGAUCAGUGUGACUAUAAAACAAAGCAGAAAGACGAUUUGCAAAAUCAUUUGCUGUUCAAACAUUUCAAGGACUUGUGGUAUGAAUGCGAAUAA